GCGGGGACUGCGAAAUUUCCUUCAUAUUCCAAAGUGAAUGUCUUGAAAUGGGAUUUCACCAGAUCAUUUCAGUACUUUCCGUUCAAUAUGGAUCGUCUGAACAUUAACAGUCAAUUGGAGCAUUUACAAUCAAAGUAUGUUGGCACUGGUCACGCUGAUACAAUUAAGCAUGAAUGGCUCGUCAAUCAGCACCGAGAUACCAACGCCGCAUUUGUAGGUCACCAAAGCAUGCUCUCAUACUUUGCAGUCGCUGAGAACGAGAGCUUAGCGCGAGUUAAGUUCAACCUCAUUCAGAAAAUGGUCCAGCCUUGCGGUCCUCCUCCUGAACGUGAGGAUCAAUAGAAUCCCACUCCCUUCUUUCACAACACUCGCCUGCUCCCAUCUCUUCCUGUGAUAUCAUAGUAGUACUUCAUUGAAGCCUUGAACGCAUGUCCACACCCU